AUGUCGUGGCGAGAAGGAGUGAAUAAACAAGCAGCGAAACCAGCUGCACCGAAACCAAAGUUCGAGACAAAAGAUGAUGAUUGGGAAACGGAUACUUCUUAUGAAAAUACUGUAACGGAAAAGACACAACGUUACGGUUCGAAAAGUAUUCCCGGCUCUGGUCGAGUCGAUCAUUUCGAUCUAAGUACAAUUCAAGACAAAGCCAAAACAGCGGAUGUUUCAGUGACAAGUGUCUAUCGGGAAAAGAAUCCAACGCGUGGCUAUGGUGGCAAAUAUGGUAAUGAGCAAGUCAUGGAUAAGGUACGGUAA